AUCGUGAGAGUGCUCGUAGCCUAAAGUAGAACGCGCAAUGACGACAAAACUAUCAUCGUCUGGACCGACUCCUGCUGAUGUGGUCACCCUCACCGCUUCCUGUCUCUGCAAUAUCCGAUCGAACUCUACCAUAGGCUUCCAAACGAAACUCGCAUUUCCGCGCUCUUCGUUUCCCCUCCCACUUGAUCUAUGCCAUUGUUCGACGUGUCGAGCGUCUCUAGGUACCUGCUUCGCGAGUAUGGUGAAGUUGCCUCCUGUAUCUGCGGCCGCGGACAAUAUCGUUACUUCCUCGAAUGAUGGUUCGAAGCGGAAGCAGCUGUCCGAAAGGACACAGCGUCCGUGGCCUAUGGGCGAGAUGCCACAGACGCUGAGGAGGUACAAGUCCAGCGAUACCGCCGCGAGGUAUUUUUGUGGGAUGUGCGGGACGUGUUUGUGGAUGCAUUAUGGGGACGAGGAUGGACCUUCGCAUACCACUAAUGCCACAGACGACAGUGGAACUGCGGGGAAGAUAUCGAUGCAGAAGGAGGAAGAUGUUUGGUUUGUUACCACUGGCUCACUCGAGCUGGCAGAUGCUGAGGGCGAGGCGAUCGAAGCGAUGUUCAAGGUCGUUUCACAUAUUUAUGUGGAGGAUACCAAAGACGGUGGGGUUGCGGUGCUUGCUGGACACUCCCUCCCCAAUUCCGACGCGACGAAGGACGCAACCGAGAUUCCGUCAUACUACCGUCGCGGUUCUCCACGAAUUACUCGCUCAGAACUCAUCUCACAGCUGUCCUACGCCUCGACACACAUUAAUCCUCAUACAAACGAGAGGGAAAACCCACUCGUAGCCCAAUGUCAUUGCAGAACCGUCACACUCCUCAUCUCCCCCCCUGACAUCCCGUCGAGCUAUCCGCCUGAGGCAUGGAACGCUUGGGCAGAAGCACUCGACCCUCCGCCUCACAACCGUCACGCGCAUACCCACUCUACCUCCCAAGCCGCUCUACAGGCUCUACGUGAUUCGGAAGUUACAGAUACUCCUAAAUUCGACGAUCGCGACGUAUGGUGGCUUCGUCCUUCUCUCGUCACGAACAGAAACACGGGGAACUCUUCCACUAAACGGAACCGACUUCUCGUUGCGACGUGUGCUUGUGAUUCCUGUCGACGGGGCUCGGGUACGGAGGUGCAGCAGUGGGUAUUUACGCCUACGGGGUGCAUCUCUGUCGUUCUGCGCCCAUCUUCAGCACGAUCGUCGGAGUCGGAGGACACGGAGGCGCACCCAGUCACGGUGCCCUGGUCCGCGGUCGUUCCACACUUACCCGUCGCCUCACGUCCCCAAAUUACCAGCACCGCGAGCGCGAGCUUUCCGGAGGGUUAUUCUCUUCCCUUCGAGGCGUACGAGUCCUCUCCCGGGACCCAUCGAGGGUUCUGUGGCACCUGUGGCGCUACCAUCUUUUGGAGUGGAAAGCAGCACGGCGAGAUGUGGCCUGAAGAAGAUAGGAGGAAUACGAUCGACAUUAGCGCAGGACUGGUUUCGGGCGCUGGAACCGUGUCUGAUGGUGCGAGUAUUAGUGUGGGAUCGAGGAGAGAUGAGUGGCUGGAUUGGCGAUCGAAUUACGUGACUAAUCUCAAAGACUACGAGGCAAAGAGGAGAGGAGAUCUGGGGAGGAGAAUACAGGCGGGGGCGAGGAGUGAGCAGUGGUUGAAGGGGUUGGGUGGUGCUUGAAAGCUUGACAGAUGAUCGAGAAGAGCUAAGGAUAAAAGUUUGGUGCUUUUGUACCAGCUAGCUCACGAUU